CCUUUUAUCAAAUCUAUUUUGGGGUAUUACGGGUGUACUUAUGCUACAUUGAAUAGAAUAAAUUCCAUUAGAAGCGGACGCGUUUGGUCGAGCAGAGACCAAAUCCUAAGUUGAUCCUAAUAAAAAAGUGCAGGUCGUCCAGAAGAGUUCUAAAAAUGAAAGGUGUCGGUGUUUUGUUAAUUGGAUCAUUGUUUUUAUUGGCUCCUUGUGAAGGUUUCAGAAAUUGCGGUGACAUACCAAGUGGAAAGUUCAUACCAAAUCGUGCUAACUGUGAUUACUUCUUCCUCUGUGUCGAUGGAUAUCUAAUGCAAUUGAAGUGCACUCCAUACUCUGUCUUUGAUCCGAUAAAUAGAAUUUGCACAGCCGACUGUAAUGCACCUGAGGUUACUACACCAACUACGCCAACUACCCCAACUGGACCAACAAUACCAACUGCACCUACCCUGGCGCCACCACCAACAGGACAAAACUGCGCUAGCGCACCUUCAGGAACUUACAUCGGCAUUCCGGAUUCAUGCAGUCACUUCUACUUCUGUUGGGAAGGGGCAGCAUUAGUUUCCCAAUGUCCUGACGGAACAUGUUUCGACGAUCAAAUCAAAGAGUGUAAAUAAUUAUGGAUGGCUUACUAUUAAGUUUAGGAAUACGUUUAAGUGAAAAGUUUGUUAACUAAAAUUAUGAAGAUUAUAUGUAUUGGAAUAUUUCUUUGACUAGAGCUUUCCAAAGGAUCCAAAUUUACAAAAGUGUUCGAGAACAUAUGGAGAUAGAAAAUUCAAUGUUAUUCUGCUUCGACUCUGGGUUAAUCACAACUAUUUGUACUCCUUCUAACAGCAGCGACAAUAAAGAUACGUUCGAAAAUAA